UCUGGUCCUCUAUCCCAGACUAGGAUCUGUGGAGUGUGUUUCCGUGGACCCCAGAAUGAUUUAGGCUCUCUUAGCUCAUCUAAAAUUCAAAAGCUGGAAUGAAAUGUGUUGCAGAAGCAACAAGAAUAUUUGUGGGGUUUACCUGCUGUGGUCCAAAGAUCUCAGGUGAAAUUUUGUCCUCUGGGCUCCUUUCCCAACUGCAAGGCCUCCCAGACCCAUGCUUCAGUCUCUAUCCUUCCUUGAGCAUUUCCUCUUAGUGAUGAGAUUUGGAACAAACUAGAACAGCACCUUCAAAAGAGGCUCAUUCAACACCAGUGGGGCCUGCCCCAUAGGGUUCUAGAAUCUCUCUCACUGAUGAUGCCACCGAGUGAUUCUUCAGAGAUAUCUGGGUCAAAGAGAAAUCAUGAACUCUCACGGAGAUUUGAGCUUAAUGAUAAGAGUAGCAAGAAUCUUAAUGUUGGAUUAAGCCAACCUGGUAGCUUCCAAAAGUGGGCCUCAGAAAUACUUCAGCUAGAGAAGGAUGUGGGGAAGGGCAGGGACAGAGCCCAGAGAGUGGUUGAAAAGAUCUUCUGUUGUGUGAUUCAGAGGGCUCUUCAUAUGAGGACCUGGGAUAUGACUCUGAGAAAAAAACGAGUGGGGACAGGAACUUCAGCCCCUGUACUGCAGCAGCCUCUCCCUGCUACCUCACUUGUGGCUAAUGAAGGACAAGGGAAACUGAGACAGUCACUCCCUGAUAUUAACCAUGAGAUUGCCAAGGAUAUUCAGGGAAUUAAGGAGGCCAGACAGACUCUUGGGCCUGUCAUACACAGCAUCAAAGGCCAAGCUACUCAGAGUCAGACUCUACCAGCCAACAGGAGCCUCUCAGAGCUGCCCCCAAAGCAAGCUGGGCCUCUAUAUGAGCGAGAGUAUAAGACUGUGAGGGGUAAUAAUAAAGUAGAGAUGCAACAGGGCAAGAAGACAAAGAAGAUUUUAAAACCUGUGUCUGAGCUCAGCAUGUCCAGGAAUAUAUUUAGGGUUGCAGAGGUGGAUACUCUUCAAGGACAAAUUAGUGACAUCUUGACUACCAGCAAGCCAGAAAGCUCCCAAAUGAAAAAUGUAAUGGUUCGUGACAACUGAACACCCCCACCAAAUAUUUCAGGUCCCCAAGAUCUUAAAUCAACAGACCUGAGAUGACAACUCAACAGUUGUGUUAAUGGUAAAACUGGACAGUGAGAACAUGCCCAGGCCAAAGGUCAACCCACUGACAUGUCGCUUGCCUCAGAUAGUUUGACAUCUAAGGCCUCACUGACUCAUGCUCAGGUUAUUUCCAGUGGGGACAUGGGAUUUUUCCAGGUGCUACAUGUCCAUGUGGAGGGCAGAGGAAAUAGCAUGAAGCAUCAGCAAGAGCCUUGUGUCCCUAAGCAUAUCUUAAGGAAGUGCCAGGGUGAGAAUUUCCCUCCAGGUGCAAAGAAAGCAAGUCCUCCAGGCUCUAAAGCUAAAGGGCAUGGAGGAGGGAAUGCAGGGUUGGGAACAUCCCAAUCAGGAAAGAAGAGUUCCCCAGCAAAGGUGAUACUUGGGAGCAAGUCUUCGCACACACUGUCCCAGAAGGUUCAGCCUGCCAAAAGCCGUUUCAGCCAAAAAAUGAAACACUUUUCUAAAUGGAUUUGUCAUGGCAAAGAAAAUACCCAGGAAAAGAGCAGCUGCAUAUCAUCAGUGCAGAGCCGAGGUGUAGUUCAAAGUAGAGAUGCCUUUAGUGGAAUGACUGAAGCUCAGAAAAUCAUGACACUGGAAAGUUCUUAGAGAACAAAAUGGGGCAUCAGCAAGCAAUAGGUAGCACCCACCCUGAAAAGCCCCAUCAGCCCCAAGUGAAAUUUGGGAAAACUCAGCAGAAGGCAGAAAGGCAGAUCCCACUAGGGGGCAAUCUUUCAACCACAAGGCUCCCUCCUGUAAACUGGCAAAUAACCAAUGUGGCCACUAAGAAGCUAUCUCUGCUGACCACAGUUACCCUACAAGUAUUUUACAGAUCAGAGAGCAAGACAUGUACCUAGCUCUUGGUUCAGAAGCAUCCCUCAUCCAUGCCUCACAAGGAUCCUGUGCCCCAUGCAUGCCCCACCAGCAGGCAUCAAGCCUGCCACAGGGGCCUCCAGCUGCUCUCACCACUGCUGAAAACACUGCAUGCAGAGAUCUGUCUCUACAGUUUAGACAGAAGACAAUUCUCCAGAUUUUCCAGAAAUGAGAAUUUCCUUCCCCCAAAUAAUUCUUUCCUUGUGGAUAAUAUUGAUUCUCCCCAAUAAAUGUUUUUCUAAUAAUAGUGAAUUCCACAUUCUGUGUUGGCAUGGUUUUGGGUUACUCUGGACCUGUACUUAGGGAAAGGAAGGAGUUCAGCCUCAGUGAUUGCUUCCUUUGGCUUCUAAAAGGUGACAUGACCCCUGUUGCUCUUGUUGAGAAAUAGACCCCAUGUGUUCCCAAUAGCCCAUUUCCUCCCUGAUGAACUUUGAAGAGAUGAGUUAUGUCUCCCGUCUCUUAGCUUAGCCUAAAUGAAAAUACAUGGCAGUCCACAGCUUCCCCUCAUUGAAUGUCUUAUAUCCCUUAGAGAGCUAGGGAGUGUCCCGACCUGCAGGACUAUCAAUGCGGGUCUACGACCUGGAGGAGAGAAUUGAAGAAAAAAAAAAAGAAUGGG